AAUAAGAAUGAAAGCUAUCAAGACGACGCAGUCUCGAACUUUGCCUUCAUGAUAAUAUUUCUCUUUUAUUAUGUACAUAUAAUAGAGUACGAGAGCAAACUAACGAAUUAUCGGUGCACUUUUAAGCAUCUCGUGGAAUUUAGCCACACAUUGCCUAGCAGACAUCACAUGAGAUAUUUUGUAAAAAUGUGAAAGAAGAGUACGACGAGGAAUUUUGUGGGACAAAACAGGAGAGCGAAAGGCAACGUCGAAUUCUGGAAGCUGCAGUUUUUAAGAAGACGUCUCAAAUUGUACUGGAUAACGCGGACGUGGAAGAGGCUCAGCCCUCCCAGUUCAAAUGGAUUGGAGAAGAUAUUCUGCCUGAACGGUUGGAGCUGGAGGUCCCCCAAAUGAAAGAGGAGGAAGAGGAGCCCCCUCCCAUGAAGGAGGAAGAGGAGGAACACAAUAUCACCGAGCUGAUUUUGACGAGAGUCCAUGUAAAGAGUGAAGAUGAAGAAGACAGACUCUUAGCUCCUCACUCGGAUUGUGAAGACCCAAAGUGUGACACUAACUAUGAAAACCUGGCAAACCCCAACAACAAACACUGGAACUGUUCUCAGUGCCACGAAACAUUUUUCAGUAAGUCAAGUUUAAACAGACACACCAGAACACACACUGACAAGACACAUUUUUCCUGCUCAGUUUGUUGCAAAACAUUCACUCAGAAAAAAUACUUAGCAACACACACAAGAACCCACGUUGUAGGGAAACCUUUUUCCUGCUCGGUUUGUGGUAAAACCUUCACUUGGAAUGCAGAAUUAGUACGGCACUCAAGAACACACACAGGAGAGAAACCUUUCUUCUGCGCAGUUUGUGAUAAAACCUUCUCACAGAAGGGACACUUGAAAAAACACACCAAAACACACACUGAGAAGAAACAUUUGUCAUGCUCGGUUUGCGGGCAAAAAUUCCCCGAGAAGAGAAACUUGCAAAGACACAUGAGAACACACAAAGUGAAGAAACUUUUUUCCCUAACCACUCGGGAAGAAAACUUGAAAAUACACAAUGUGGAAGAUCCUUUUAGCUGCUCAAUUUGCGGUCAAGUAUUCGCCCGAAAAACAAGUUUAUUAAGGCAUGUACGAACGCACACUGGAGAAAGACCCUUCGCCUGCUCAGUUUGCGGGAAAACCUUCUUGAUGAAUUCCGAUUUAAAUCGACAUAAAAUAUCUCACACCGGAGUGAAACCUUGUUCCUGCUCCAUUUGUGGUAAAAGUUACGUUUGGAAAAAAGACUUGAUACGGCACACCAGAACCCACACUGGGGAGAAACCUUUCGAGUGCACGGUUUGCGGGAGAAGAUUUUCUAUGAAAACUGAUUUGGGACAGCAUAUAAGAACACACAGUGGGGAGACAUCUUUUCCCUGCUCAGUUUGCGAUAAAAGAUUCACGAUCUCUGAUUUAAUAAGGCACAAAAGAACACACAUGAGCGAGACAUUUUUUAGCAGUUCGGCUUGCAACUCAAGUCCAAGAUUGGAAGAUAUUACAACCAAAAAGGAAGACGGUAAGCCAGAAUCCCUUAAAGUUAAAGAGGAAGGAGAAGAGGAGGGUGUCACGAGGCUGCUAUUGACUGAUUCCCUUUUAAAGAGUGAAAAUGAUGAUAACAAAGGGGAAGAGACUCAAGGCUCCUCAAGUCAACACAAGAAUCCCAAAGGCGACUGCUCCCAAACGGACAACCUCUUAGCACCACUCUCAAAUAGUGAAGAGAUUACAUCAUACUCCUCGGACACCGACGAGAAAUACUCCCACACUAAAAAGAAACGCCGUCAAUGCUCUCAAUGCGACAAUACCUUUUCAACCAACGCCACCUUAAAAAGACACAUGAGAACACACACUGGGGAGAAACCUUUCGCUUGUUCAUACUGUGGAAAAAGGUUUACCGGGAAGACUAAUUUAAUAACACACACAAGUAAACACACAGGAGAGAAACCUUUCGCUUGCAGCGUCUGUGACGAAAGUUUCACUUAUAAGCAACAGUUGGGAAGACACAUGACAACACACACUGGGGAGAAACCUUUUGUCUGUUCUGUGUGUGGGAAAAUAUUCACAUGGAAGAUUGAUUUUAAUAGGCACACCACAAUACACACGGGGGAGAGACCUUUUGCUUGCCCAGUUUGCGAUAAAACCUUCACGAGGAAGUCGAGUUUAAUCCGACACACAAGGACGCACACUGGGGAGAGACCUUUCGUUUGCUCACUUUGUGGUCAGCGUUUCACACAGAAAGCACAUUUGGUAACACAUGCAAGUACACACAAUGUGCUUCCCUCCAGUGUCACCAUUUACCUGUCAAAUGUGUAACUACUCAAAGUAAGCAUUUAUGACUGGUUCAAUAGAUUCAAACAGGCUAGACAGCUGCAAACGGUCUUAAAUGUAAAUAAUGUGACUUGUGUUAAGAUUUGAAAGUGUUUUUGUGUAACUCAGUAACCUGCUGUGUAACUGGUCAAACUGUGGUUUUUUUUUUUCGUGCACAUUUAACUUUUUAAAAAUAAUUCCAUCCAAUAUUCUCUUAGCUAUCAUUAUUCCAAUAAUUAACUCAUCAGCUGCCUUUGAUGGUAUAAAUGUCUAUUUCAUUUGAACAGGUCUAUCAUCAUCAACGGCACCCAGUAAUUUAUUAGUACAAUUUAGAAUUAAAAUAUGAAACAUUACAUGUCUGGUAACAUAUAUUAAUAUGAUUUGAUUCGCAGUGUUACAUCAGUAAACCAGCGAGCACUGUUAGCAUCAUAUAAGGUGGCAUACCAAGUUGCUCAAUGCAAAAUAGCAAAAAUUAAAACUGUUCCUCUGUCCAAUGAUACUGUUGUUUUUGUUCUAUUCUAAUUUUUGUUUUUUCGGUCAAAUGGUUGAUUGAAUUUAUUAUUCAUUUAUUUAUUUAUUAUUAUUUUUUGUUACAUUUUAUUUUUCACUAUUAAAUGGUCCCAAAAAUAUGCCUUGAGUGUACUUUUACAGAUUGGAUGUGACUUUUUUUUUUUUUUUUUAAUUAUGGCAAAGUGAUGCACUUUAAGUCUUUUCUAUAUUUGAUUGUAAGUAGAGCUAUAUUAUUUUCUUAACUAUUAAAAAGGAGAUAAUGUUAUGCAAGGGUGUACUUAAAAUAAUUUAGAGGCAAAUUAUA